AUGACAACCCUACUUCUCCCAAGGCAACAGAAGACAGCGUCCCAGGAAUUUGGCAAUACCUAUGGCAGGAGAUCCUCAAUUCUCGGGUUCGCAGAGGCCAUCCGAUCCCCACACCCCGCCUCCGAUCCCUCGAUCUCAUCGCCGGCUCCAAAAGUCCCGCAGCCUCUCGUCUAUAUUCCCUGGACACCUUGCGAGCAGACCAGCAACGCUUCACCUUCGAUCUAUCCGACCGCGACGACGAGGCCCGCGUCGGCAUCGCCCACGUCCACUGCGCCGAGCUCAAAGCGCUCCGGACCAAACUGUCCUCGGCAGACCCUCUCUGGACCCAUCAGCAAGAGCUCAUCAUGA